AUGACUACAGGUUUAUCCGCUGAAUCUGCUAAUUGGAUUCUUCCAUCUCAUCCAACAACGUUUGUAUCGACGCUGCCCAACUAUGAAGAAGCACCACCGUUUCGUGUCAAUCGAGAGGGAGUGAAAAAUUAUAUGAAGAAUCGUGGUAGUUUGAAUAUUGGCGAUUGGGCUAUCGAAGGUCGCCGAAUGUCAACGACUGCGGUGCCCGUUCAAGAAGAAUCUAGUUUAGUUCAACCGAAAGUUUUAGGACCAGAUGCAUUACGAAAUUAUAUGAAAAGUCGUUCGUCAACACCGAAUCUUAUCCACGGAGACCUUCAACCACCUAACUCUCAUAAUGGUAUGCGUGUUAAACGCGAAGCUCGAGCAAAUUAUGAAAAAAGCCAUCAUUCACAAACAAAGGCUCUAUUUGAAAACUAUGGCAAACUACCGCUAUCAACACCAAAGGGACCGCAUACUCAAGGCGAACUAGCAACAAAUCUAUUCUAUAUCCAUCAAGAAGGUCAAAUGGGUCCGAUAUUGAACAACUACGGUCGUUCGGCGCCCGCGACACCACGACCGAAUCCUCGUGUUAAAAGUCACGAGGCUGAAGUUAACCUUGAAAAAGGUAAAGGAGAUUCUCAUUUACUGAAACAUGGACAUGAACGUUAUACAUCUACACCGGAACCGAAUGUGAAAGGCACUCAAGCUCAUUUGAACUACGAAAUGGGUCAAGGUCAACACGUCAAUCAACUUUUUCAUCAGUACGGUAGAUUGCAGCAAUCAGCACGCUCAGCACCCAAAGUAAAAUAUGAUGGAGUCAAUAAUUUACUCAAAGGUCAAGGCGAUGCCAUGAAAAAAACUCUCUCGCAAUGUCCACCAACACAUCGUCGUGUCGAGCGUCCACCUUCGGCAACACUAUGGUCAUAA